GGAUCUUGUGAAUUACGUGACUUAAAGGAAUCACGAACAUGACAAAAGUGAGAAGCCGAAACAAAUGAUGUGCCAACCGAGAAAGAUCUCGGGGCGACCAUGGCGAUCAUUGAGCAUGCAUGGCGGUUGCUUGACAGCUUGGCUAGCCAACCAUCAAAGUCGGAUCAGGUCUUAGCAACUCUUGGGGAAGGAGCCAAACUACGCCUUCAGAAGAAAUAGUAUCAACACUGCUUCAAUUACUGUAAUUGACCAUGUUUCGUGGUAGCAUUCGCAAAGUUGAAAAGCUCCUUUCCACUGCAAGGAUCAACGCGGGAAGACAUCCCGUAUGUUGUAUUUCUGGCCUGCGGCACGGCCAUUCUUUGGCCAACGAAGAGGAACAGGAAAUUCUGUCGCUUCCUGCUCAGUACUUGCGAGCCAUGGAUGCCUCAGAAUUUGAUCCUUCGACGUUUCAACGCAAUAAUGUACGCUACGACCCUCAAAAUGGAAAACCAAGUCUCAAUGAUGGCCAUUAUCAAAGUGCUUCUGGCAAAAGCCGAAACAACAUUAUUGUCAAGUGCUCCUUCGAUCCCAAGGCCGAUUGUUAUCACAUUAUCUGGGAGGAUGGGCUCCAAUCUCGCUUUUCCAAUCAGUGGGUCAAAGGAGAGCUCUCCAAGUAUUUUGGAGGUAGCAGAAACACAGACACGGGCUUGGAUCAGAAAAUAUUGUGGUCAGAUCUGAACGAAAGCUCUGUGAGAAGUUCAGAUAUGACACUUGGUUUCCGAGAUGUUGUUCAAUCCGAUCAAGGGAUGAGUGCUGCUCUAAAGGCUCUCUACCAGUAUGGAAUUCUCUUGGUUACCCAAACACCCACAGACGAUGAUGGUGCAGGUGUAGCUGCCCUCGCUGCUGCUCUGGGAGGUGGCUCCAUGAAAAAUGACAACCCGACCUCGUUGUUACCCUCGUAUCGCAACAAUCCAAAAGAAUGUGGGAUUGCGUUUCCCAAUGGAACCGAUGGUCCCUUACGGACGUUGUAUGGAACUGUGUGGGCAACUUCAACGUCCUUUCAAGGAGACGGCGCCAGCGUAGCGGACUCGGCAUACGGGCAAGAAGGAUUGCCACUCCACACGGAUAUGACAUACCACCAAGAUCCUCCUGGGUUGCAGAUCUUUACCAUGGUCCAGCCAGCAUUGAAAGGUGGCGAAAGUGUUUUUGCGGAUGGUUUUGCCAUUGCGGAAAACCUGAGAAUCAAUCAUCCCGAGGCGUUUUCUACAUUAAGUCAAACUCCUCGUCGGUAUCGGUGUAUUGAUCCUACUACGGGAUGGAACUUGGAAGCCCAUGGUCCAGUCAUUGUGCUUCGGAACAAUCAGAUUGUGGGGAUCCGCCAUAAUGAUCUUGAUAGACUUCCUGAUCUUCCACCCCCCAACAGAACCGAUGAUGAUGAAGUCGAAGCCUUCUACAAUUCGCUGACUGAAGCGCAUCGAGCAUGGGAUGACAUGAUAUCCAUGGAUAAAUAUCGAUUAGUCGUGGCUCUGAAGCCAGGAGAUACGAUGGUGGUUGCGAAUCAUCGAUGUUUCCAUGGAAGAUACAGUUUCGAGACGAAUGAGUCGACCCCCAGAGCAGUCAUCGGGUGCUACAUGAGUCAAGACGAACUCAACUCUCGCUUUCGGCAAGAGGGCUUUGUUGUUCCCUGAGCGGCGGCCAGGUUUGGAUCACAGAAAAGCCUUAUAGGUAGAGAGACUACCGUAGCUAGAGGCCCCUUUCACCGUCCUCAUUCAUGAUUUGACAUAGAAGCAGGUUCAGAUACCGAUACAUGUAUUUUCCCUUCUUGUGAGCAGCAAAAGCACCAACUCGACUCUACUCGUUUAAAAAUUACUAGAAAACAUAUCCGUAGAGACGAGAAGUCUUUGGGUCAUGCUGGAACCUGUAACAUAUCCUGCUUCAUUGGCAAGCAGAUCCUCCGUACGG